CACCCUCUGGUCGCUAGUUAACCGUCAGCUCCGGACCGACGAGUUACUUUCUUUGGUUGGGGUCGGGUGGACCGACACUUCCUCCACAGUUUUCGCCAUCUUCCCUCUCCGUCCAGCCGGCUGCAGCUAUCUCUCCACCCCAACGGGAGAGGUCCAGCCGAGCUGAACUCCGCUGAGCCAUGCGACAGUGGUGUGUCCCCGCUGCGACCCCACGCACUGAACCACUCCCGGGGCGCCUGUCUGUGUCACCCCCUCCAUCAGAUGCCAGAAUGGAGUGCUGUGAGGUGGAGCCACGCUACACCAUCGAACAAAUCGACCUCCUGCAGCGCCUGCGCCUGUCCGGCAUGACCAAACCUCAGAUCAUCCACGCUUUGGAGUCCCUGGAGAGGCUCGACCCAGACCACCGCCCGUCGCACUGUGACUCUCACCCGGCCCCGUCCAACAACACCCCCACCACAGCUGCCCCGGCCCCGUCCUCCUCGUCAUCUUCCUCCUCCUCCUCGCUCUCCCUGGCUUCUGCCACCACGCAGACCUCCGGGCUGGACGGCGCCGCGCUGUCACCCAGCCAUAGCUACGAGGCCUCGCCUCCUCCGCUGUACCCUCCCAGCGUGGCGGUGCAGCGAUCGUUCAGUUACGACAUGAUGGGAGAGGAGGAGUGGGACCUGGAGGAGAAGGUGGAGGAGUACAUGAGGAGAGACAGCAACCUGGUGAAAGAAGAGAUCAAAACUUUCCUCAACAAUCGCAGGAUCUCUCAGGCAAUCGUAGGCCAAGUUACAGGCAUCAGCCAGAGCUACAUCUCCCAGUGGCUGCUGCAGCAAGGCCUGGAGAUGAGCGACUCCAAGCGCAGAGCUUUCUACCGCUGGUACCUGCUGGAGAGGAAUAACCCAGGGCUGAGAUGGAGUGAAAGCCAGCACAGCGUGAGCCCCAUGCCCAGGGCCAGGGGAGGGGACAGAGACGGGACGGUAGCAGGGGUGAGCGGCAGCCUCCCCAACAUCCUCCCCAAUCCCAACACCAACCUCAACCCCAACCCUGUGUGGAGCAGGCAGAGAGAGCUGCUGAUGCACUUGCUGCCGUGGUACACUGCUGCCGCCGCAGCCGCCCAGGCCCAGCCAGGUGCCACCUUAUCAAUGCGGUCUUUGGUGAAGGAGGAACCUGACUGGAGGACGGGGAUCAUGUCUGGUGACAGAGCAGGGAUGGUGGGUGGGCCUCUGAGGCUACGUAGAGGAAGCAGGUUCACCUGGAGGAAGGAGUGCCAAUCCAUCAUGGAGAGUUUCUUCAUGGAGAACCAGUAUCCAGACGAAGCCAAGAGAGAGGAGAUCGCCAGUGCCUGUAACUCUGUCAUUCAGAAACCAGGUUGUAAGCUGUCUGAGUUUGAGCGCGUGACGGCAUUGAAGGUGUACAACUGGUUUGCCAACCGCCGGAAGGAGAUGAAGAGAAGAGCAAAUAUUGAGGCUGCCAUUUUGGAAAGCCAUGGAAUUGAGGUGCCAAGUCCAAGCUGCCACUCAAAUGGUGAGGAGGGGGAGAUGCAAGAGUUUGCCGAUCAGGUGAAUCAUCGAUUCUCAGAGCAAGAAGACGCAUCUUCCCAGAGGAUCAUUGACCAACAAGACCCCUCCUCAUUGGCUACUACAGAGGUGGCAGCCCUGCCAAGCCCCACCCCUCAGGUCCUGGAACAGAAAGAUGAUGAUUCAAAAAGGGAGACUGUGGAUGAAGAGUGACCAAAGCCAGUGUAGUUUGGAUCAUCAUAUUUGAAUUUUAAUCAGAUGAAAUAGGAAAACAAUAAGUGUCUCCUCCACCACCCAGGGGUAGGUCCUUUGGGGCCUAUGACACCCAAAAAUCAAAGGGAGAAGGGUGCUGAAGCCCGCGGAGGUGCCUCUGAUGGUAAGGAGGCCACUGUAUUUAUCAACAGUAAUCCUGCUUAUAUUAACGGCAAUAUACAGUAUAUAUAAAAAUAUAUAUAUCAAUAUAUAGUGCAUUCCAAGAUGGUAUUAAAAAGCCUAAAUUCCUUAGAGGGAGAAUUAUGUAAAGGAUACCUCGCCCAUUUUAAGCUAAGCCUUUUCAGUUUUCUUUGCUACAUGCCUUCUUUUAGCUUUUUCAGAGUGGUUGGUUGAUGGACUGUGGUGACGUGAACGUGCUGAGCCUGCAGGUCAGGUUGUGCUCGGUGGGGAGAAAAGUUACGGUAUCAAGGAUCUGAUUUGUGGUGACAUGAACGCCCUCUGCUUGCUUGAAUGUCUUUAACCCCAUCUGGCUCGUAGGACUCUAACCUCAAUCAAUCGAUUGAUUAAAUCGGUCGAUCAAUCAGCAAGUGCUGUUGCUAUCAAAUCCGUAAAGCCCUGAGGGACAACUGGAAUCUCAGGUAAAUCCCAAAAAUGGUGGAUAAAGACAGUGAAGAAUUGCACCAGGUUUCUUUUUGUGUCUUAACAUAUGCUUUGUUUUCUUCAUCUUUAACUGUAUUUAACCAAAACAGGAUGUGUUAUUUAUACCUUUUUAUAUUAGCAAAACAAGCCUAGGACAGUAUAUAUCACAGUAUCUCUUUGUCAUCUGUCUUCUUUGUUAUACUGAAUGCUGCUCUCUGGUCAUUUUUGUAGUCUUACCCUCAUUUCAAAAUCUGUCUCAAACCUCAACUCAGCCAGUGAAGCUAGACUAGUUUCAUAAGUCUACUCAGAUUUUUUUCUUUUUUUUUUAACGUUUGAAAGAACGCUAAAACAAAUGUGAUCAAAUCUCAUAAUGCGUUGGCCUACAUGCAGCAAGCACCUUCUCUCCUAUUGGAAUAAGCUAAAGCUUAAGCUCAUGUAAGUUUGUAUGACUGCAAAGCUGCACUUCAAAGUGGAACUCACUAUAAUUGAAAUAGGGGAGCAAUACAGACUCUACCUGCAUUUGGGCCUAGACAUGUACAUAACCCAGAACAUAUACACGUCUAUGGGUGCUUUCCUUCAAAUUAAAGUAGCAGUAUGUAGAAACUGUUAUUUGUCAAACUUGAAAUAUGAAUAGCUGACUCUGCAUUAUGUAGUCCCCCAUAUUUACUGGCCCAAGGCCUUUGGGAGUUACUCCCUAUAUGUUCAUGAAAUGGACAAAGACGCUUGUUCUCAAAUGGCCCCUGUCAGGGCGCUACCGUGUUACCUCCUAUUGCCAAAGCUAUGCCAAGGUAGAGAUGAGCUACAGUAACCUGUGCUUACAGGAACAGGAUAUGACACAGUCACAACACUAUAGAUAUACAGUACGUAAUAGAUGUUUAUUUGCUCAGUACAACACUAGCCAACUCUAGCUUACCUCAGAAUAACUGUGUGUCAUGAAUGUGUUACAGGCUGACCGUCAGAGAACACUGACAGCGGCCAUUAUCGUGACUGUUUAUGAUAUGGACAGUGUUAUGUAGCAUUUAUGAUGGUGGGGUCUGCCCUGUAUUGUUAACGUAUACUCACCUCAGACAGUUCACUCGUCCGGCUUUGGACAGGAACCCCAAAGCUGUGCGCUGUUUCUGAUGAAUAUGCUCCUCUCUAUCUGCUUUUAUCUGACAAUGAGAAAACAAUAACAAUAAUAAAAUUGUAAACAAUCGA